AUGUCGUCCCCUCAAAAAUACCCAGCUUCACCAGGAACUACAGCGCCUUUGCGCCGUGGCCUCUUCAAAGAUGGUCUUUGGCGUUGUAACUGCCCAGAAAGGCCGGUUGCGGUGCGCCGUGAAACCAAGAAGCAGGGGCCAAACUUCGGAAAAUGGUUUUGGACUUGCGCGCAACCUUCACAUCUCAAAUGCAGCUUCUUCCUGUGGGCAGACGACGCCACAAUGCGUGAGCAAGCAGCCGUUCUUGCCAACUCUCGAUCCGAACUCGAUCCUAGCCCGCUCACCCCAUCAAGGCGCACCCCAGGACGAAUGAAUAAUGGGCUACUCACCCCACAGACUGAGCGCAGAUUUAUCGACACCCCGCAACGCAACUUCAAAAUGAUCUCAGAAGCGUCGGACGAUUUUGGUUGGAAUGACGACUCGGAUGAUAAUGAUGAGCUUGUCAAAGCACUCUCAUCCAGCCAGACCGAGACCGAGCUCUUCAUCUCGCAACCCAACUUCCAUCCCAAAUCCCCGUUCAAGACCCCCCGCACCGCCAAGGUGACUUCACCCGGCAAGCGCAAACUGGCAGAAGUCACGAACGAUGAUUCUUCCUUCGGACAGUCUGCACCCCAGACGCCUUUCUCAUCUCGCUCUUCUCGCACCGAGAUGUUCCCUCCCUCGUCUGCUGAAUUAUGCAUGACACCCACGCCUAGCAAAUACAACGAUGUUCUCUCCGCAGACUCGAAAUUCGACACCUCGGAUCUUGCAAAAAGUCUACUCGAUAUUCUGGAAAAACAUAGUGUAGUUUUGCCGAACAAAGCGCAGGACGAGGUGGUCUCGCUGCUUAACCGGCAGGACUUGAAGACACAGGGGAUUAUUCGUGGGCGGGAUAUGACGCGGCUGGCAUUGAAGAAGAAGAAUGACGAAAUUAAAAAGCUGCAAGACCGGGUCUCCAACCUGGAAUCUCAGAGGGAACUGGAUCGUUCUCUUAUUGAGGGGAUGAAACCCUAG